AUGAGCUUCAAGCUGUCCAAGCUGCUCAAUCCAGCUCCGACUGCCGGACCAGCUUCCAUUCCACUUCACUCAAACCAAUUUGACAAUCCUUCAGACGCGGCGCCUGGACAUGUUGAGACGCAUGGGAGCGCACCACUUCCGACUCCGGUAUCUAUCCCUACAGCCAAGUUGGAUCUUUCACCUCCAUUCAGCCUGACGACGAGCCAUGUUGCGCCGGUAGAGCCGUCUACUGCUUUAGAGCAUGGCUCCUCAUCUCCAACUCUAGAUCAGUACCACUUUUCAGCUACGCAGAACCACGCACGCCGCCAAUCGAUCGUUAAGGCGUCGCAUCUUCCUCCUCCAACGCUUGCACCCAUCCAGCCUCAAUAUGACAUCUCGCCACCUGGAACUUGGAUAGAGAGCUUGGAUGAACACAAAGUUAACGCGAACAGGUUGCCCGGCAUGCACUCGGUUGGUCCUGGACCUGCUCAAACUGAUACCACCCUGCCAGAUGUUGCUCAUGAUGAAGGGCCUACUCUACUCGAUACUGCCACUACACAAGACGACGUCACAGAGAGUAGACCAAUAUCGGGUUAUCCAGCGUCGGAAAAGGAGAUUGCGGCACUUUCGCUAGCAGCCUUGGACGGAGCGUUAGAUGAGGGAGAGGAUGCGACAGUGAAAACAGAAGCGCAAGAAGUUCCAAGCACAGGUGCGCGCCCUCGUUCGAAACCUGUAAAUCGGCUACAGAAAGUGCCAGCUGCGAAACCUUCCGAAGGGUCGAGUGAUAAACGCUUCCUCUGUUACAUCUGCAUUAAGCUAUUUACGCGCCGCCGUUCGGUUCGUGACCAUAUCAAGAAGAUCCAUAAUGAUACCAAUUUUGACAUGGCACGGGCCAUUGAGGUGACGGUAGAUCCUGAGACCGGCGAGUCUGUCAUCCCAUUAGCAGAUUUAGUCAAGACUCUACCUCCACCUUCUGGCGGUCAACAAGCACAAACCAGUGCGUCUCGUUCUGCAUCUCGCGCAUCUUCUGUUGAAACGAAUACUUUUUCGACACCAGCCCUUGUUGCCGGAAAGAAGAGGCCUGCAUCUGAUAUGCUACCUGCACAGACCACUGCCUCGAAGAAGAAAGGCACCGCGAAACCGAAGCCUGUGAAUACAAGUGUUAAGAAGGUCAAAACGGAAAUAGAUAGCUCUACUGAGGCAGCUGUAGCUUUUCGGUCGCCAUCAGGCACACCUGUGUCUUCACGUGCAGGCAAAGCACCGGUAGCGGUAAAUGUCAAGAAACAGUCGAGCAUGUCGCUUGCGUCCUCACCCGCUCCGUCGGAUCGAAUGUCAAUAGCUCCUGCAACAGACAACGAGGCAGAGGACGAGGGCGAGCAAGCCUACGUACCCACCGAGGGAGCUGACGAGAACGAAGCCGACAACGACAACGACAACGAAGUCUUCUGUAUCUGCCGAAAAGGUGAUAAUCACACCUGGAUGAUUGGUUGCGAUGGUGGAUGCGAGGACUGGUUUCAUGGCAAAUGUGUCAACAUUCAAGAACGGGAUGGAGAUCUCAUCGACAAAUACAUCUGUCCCAACUGUGAAGAUAAAGAUCGAGGCCAGACGACAUGGAAAAGGAUGUGCAGAAGGAUCGAAUGCAGGAAGCCAGCCCGGGUACUCGCAGAACCGCCUAGCAAAUACUGCUCCGAUGAGUGUGCCAAGCGAUUCUGGGUCGGAAUGGUGAAAAAAAGUGAUCCGAACGCUCUCGUGAGUGAAGAUGGCUUGAUGGUGGUUGGGUCGAAAGUUCAUCACAGGAGUCAGGAGAAGAAGAAAAGAAAGCGCAAAAAGGCGAGAGAAGAUGAGGAGUACAACGAUGCAAACAACGGCGAGGAGAGCGAGUACCAGGAAGGACGUGUCAAGCUUUCACCUUCACAAAAGAAGAGAAAGAGCAUUUCCCCAACCAUGACCAAAAUCUGCAAGAACGAGUUCCUGGAUGAAGAGAGGUUCUCCUCAGAUGACGAACCACCUCUAUCCACCAAGGGCGGACCACUCGCAGUAGGAGAUCUCAAGAUGAUGCUUAACCAAGCCAAGACGGUUGAGGAGAUCCGCCAGCUCGGUCAGAAACCACCAACACCACCCUACACUAGCGACGCCGAAGGAUAUGACCAGGACACCAAAAUGUUUAACGGUGUAGGUCCGAAGGAGGAGCGUCAGCAAGACCAGAAACCAUUUCCCUACAACUAUGAAGAGCAAGCACACCUCAAGAGGUUGUCAGCCAAAAAGAGGCAACUGGAUGGCCGAUUGCAGAUAUUGCGAGACCAGGAGAAAUUGCUUGCAAUGAUCAAGACGCGCUCAGCCGUCAUUAUCGAGGAGAUGGAUGUUCCCAAGGCCAAGAAUGUUUGUGGCUUUGAUGCGAGGUUGUCUUGGUCGACGGCUGAGUUUGAGGAGUGGCACGAUAGUGAAGCGGGGAGAAUAGCGCUUGAGAAAGGUGAGAUUGGGGAUCCAGAGCCGAGUAACCAUCCCGUCAAGCAGGAGAGACCUGAUGGGGAUGUGAUGCUUGAUGGUGUUGAGGAUGACCCGGAACAAGACAUGGACGAGGGAGAUGCAGGUGGCGACGGAGACGACGACGCCAGGCGCAAGACUCUGCUACGAGGUAUCUGUGUCCGGAACAAAUGUCCCCGUCAUCGCGAAUGGAGGAGACUGCUUGCCAGCGAGUACAAAUUCGAAGAGGAAGGGGUAAGGAGGCAGAUGAGGAAAGUGGAGGCGGAGGGGACGGAGGUCAGGGAACGGGCGGCAAUGAGGCUUCUUUGUGAGCAGGAAUAA